AUGGCCCUGGGGAAGGGGAAGACCUGCCUGCUGCCUGGGGUGGCCCUCUGCCUGCUGCUGGGGCCUCUGACCGGUGCCAGGCCAGUGCAGGACGAGGGAGACCCGUACGCCGAGCCGCCGGCCAUGCCCUACUGGCCCUUCUCCACUUCUGACUUCUGGAACUACGUGCAGUACUUCCAGACGCUGGGCGCCUACCCCCAGAUCGAGGACAUGGCCCGCACCUUCUUCGCUCACUUCCCCCUGGGCACCACCCUGGGCUUCCACGUCCCCUAUCAGGAGGAGUGAGCGUCCCCGCCCGGUGCCCUGGCCACCAAUAAACUCCUGACUUAAAAUGCACAACAA